AUGAAGCUACAAUCAUUAUAUUCGGCCGCUGUUUUCAUGCUACCAGUAGCAGCUUCUACCUCACAGCCCUUCUCUUGCAACACAACGAAAGUGAUACAUAGAGACGUAGCCAUCAUUGGCGGCGGCGCCUCGGGAACCUACGCCGCGAUGCAGCUCCACGAUCUCGGCAAAUCCGUCGCCCUUAUCGAGCGCAAGCCCAUCCUCGGAGGCCACACAAACACCUACGUCGAUCCGACGACUAACCAGACAAUCGACUAUGGAGUCUACCAAUGGACCGACCUCGAUGUCGUGACGGAGUUCUUCGAACGUCUCAACGUCUCUUACACCAAAACCGCCGCCAUCUCACCCGGCGACACCUUCAAGUUCGAUUUCGAGCGAGGAGAGCUUUCUAACCAAUCCCUAGUCGAAGCCUCAGUCGACGCCUAUGCCGACGUGGUCGAUAAAUACGACUACCUACAGUAUGACACUGCGCUUCCUGAUCCCGUCCCCCAGGAUCUAUAUCGCCCAUUCCGGGAUAUCGUUAAGAAAUAUGGCCUCGAAGGCUUUGUCAGUAAUCUCUGGAACGGACAGGGUGAUAUCCUGACAAUGCCAGCACUAUAUAUUUUCAAGGAUGUAGGACCGGCCGUUGUGGAAAGUAUGCGGACGAACUUCGUGUACACCGCCAACCAUAAUAACUACGAGAUCUUCGGAAACGCGCUGGAGAUCCUAGGCCAGGACAGCGUGUUCCUCUUGACGACAGUGUCCCACAUGCAGCGUCAUAACGACAGCGUCCGCAUAUGCGUGGAGUCACCGACAGGCCGGGAACUCAUCCACUCAAAGAAACUGCUCAGCACCAUUCCCCCUUUACUGGAUAACUUGGAUGGGUAUGACCUAUCCGAGGACGAAAAGUCCGUGUUUGGGCAGUUUCGCGCAGUAGGAUACUAUGCAUCGCUCGUGCGGAUUCCGGGCCUCCCCCCCUCGAGCUUCAUGUAUAAGAAUAUUGCGUCAGACACGGUCUACGGCCAGCCGAGACUGCCUGCUCUCUACCGGAUUAUGCGCACCGAAGCUCCGGAGCUGUAUAUUGUAGAGUAUGGAUCGCUGACUGCCCUGACUGCCCAGGCCGCUCAGGAUGGCAUUUUGCAAUCGAUCGAGACACUGCGCCGGCAGGUUGGGGGCAAGCUGGACUUGGAGAGCGAGAUCGUGGCUUAUGAUAGCCAUACGCCAUAUCAUGUGCAUGUUUCAUCGGAGGCCAUCCGGGAUGGGUUUUAUAGGAAGUUGUAUGGGCUUCAAGGGCGCAGGAGUACGUUUUACUCCGGGGCUGCGUUCCAUGCGCAUGAUUCGGCGUUGCUGUGGAGAUUUACCAAGGAAAUCGUUGGGGAUCUUGUUGAAGAGUUGGGGUGA